CUACGUUUUGCUUUUACAGGUGUUAGUGCAGUAGAAACAAGGUUGCGCUGAUUUGCGUCACCUUUACACCCGCAAGAGUUGUGUUGUUAGGACACGGUGAUUAAUUGUCAUCUUGUGAUUCCUAAACCUUCAUAUUUAAUAUUCCAACAUGACCGACGCUAAUAAGGACGAGGCCAGGAAGUGUCUUGCAAUUGCGCGACAGUGCAUUGCACAAGACCAACUUGACAGAGCGGAAAAGUUUGCAAGUAAAGCUCAAAGGCUUUACGCAAGCGUUGAGGCCCAGUCUGUCCUUGAAGCUCUAGAAUCAGCGAGGGCUGCCAAGCAGUCAUCGUCGCACGAAGAGCCCAGUACUAGCCACACACAUCACGACGAGUCCUCCGCACAUGCGAACGGCUACAGCAGGCCCGGAGCAAGCGAUGCUGCCAGCAGGGGGAGUGACGGGGGACCCAAAUUGCCGCCAAGGGCUCACAAAGCUGCCAAGCCUAAUGCACCUGUCGAAGACCCGGGAACGCCAGAGCAGCGGGCGCUGGUUGCCCAGGUGCUAAAGGCCAAGGACUUGUACGAGGUUUUAGGGCUGUCGCGGGAUGCCAGCGAUGAAGACAUUAAGAAGGCCUACCGGAAGCUGGCGCUCAAGCUGCACCCCGACAAAAACAAAGCGCUUCACAGUGACGAGGCGUUCAAGCGUGUUUCGAAGGCCUUUAACUGCUUGUCAGACCCGGACAAACGAGCUUACUACGAUCGGACAGGCUAUGAGAGCAGCGCAGCGGUGAGUGGCUGA